AUGCUCACUGGUAUCGAGCUGACCCUGGCCAUUGCACCCCUGGUCAUUGCUGGAACAGAGCCAUACAAAAAUCUGAUCACCAAGGCCAGGACGCUGUCAAAUCGCAAGGUGAAGAGAGAAAAGCAAAUCGAUUUUCUGCGCGAUCUGAGCGCGGAGGUCAGUCUUUUGCAAUUCACGCUCAUAAACCUGGUCCACAGCUUGCCUGAAUUAUCAGUCGCCGACAAACAACAGCUUCUCGAGUAUACGGAACUCGAUGUGACUAAGAAGGACAGGCUCUGGGACAGCGUUCCAGUCCAGGAGGCCAUCGCACAUCGACUGAGCGGCUGCGAGGCAAUUUUUACAGAACUGCUGCAAAGAGUUCUGAGCUCUCUGAAUGACCUCAUCAGUGACAAUUCGAAUGGACUAGAGGCAGUUGACAUCGGCCAACUGGAGUCAGCGGGUAUCUAUGCGAAAUUAACAGCUAUCCGCAAGGAUGGUCGGAAGGACAGUUUCAUUGAGAGGUUCCAAUUUACAAAGAAUGAAAAGAGGCGGCUCCAUGGACUCAAGAGGAUUACCGAGACCAACGAGAAGCUUCAGAAGCUCCUGUCUCAAUCGACCAAGGCCUCUUCUGGGACCAAAAGGAUCGUCAAGGCGCGCAGCCACCAUCGGAAAGGCUACAAAAUGAUGUCGUCGUUGUAUAAUGCCAUGACGAGUUGUUGGACCUGCAACUGCGAUGAGCCGCAUGAAGCACGAGUGUGCUUGCUGAGGAGCGAAAAGCAUCGCGCAGAUCCAGCAGUCGCAAGCUUGGACAUGUUGAUGUCAGUUCGUCGAGACGGCUUCAAGGGUAGUUGGCAAGAGAGCCACGUACGCAUCGUUGCCGAAGAGAAGAAGGAACGCAGUCCAGGUAUCAGCUUCCAGAUAGAAGGAGCUCCUGACGUGUCGUCCCGGGAGGAUAUCCAACAAUUGGGUGGCCUGUGCAAGCUGAUCAGUGACGAAAAAUAUCGACAAGUCAGUCUCGGAUUUGACUACGACGCGGCAGCGGCUGACAAGCUCUGGAAAGCGAAGCCUCGUCGUCUAAGCGUGAUACCGGAAACAGAAACGAAGCUCAAGGAGCUGUUGUCUCAGGCUGAUAGGAAGUGGACACUGAAAGAGCGGCGGCUUCUGGCAGUCGUCAUUGCCCAUGCGGUACUUCACUUCAGCGAAGGGCCCUGGCUGGAUGAGCACUGGGAUAAGGAGCACAUUUCCUUCUUCCCACCAGCUGAGGAAGGCGCCGGGGUUGACUUCGCGAGGCCCUACCUCAACACCAUGUUCGGCAAAGAAGUCAAGACCUCAGCGGGUGAGAAUGAGGAAAUCAUAUGGCAUGAGCAUCCGUCCAUUCUGGCCUUGGGCGUGAUCCUGCUCGAGCUCGAGAUGCGCGCCUCGAUCGAAGAAAGGUACACCGCAGACGGCCUGUCGAAGGGUGCCGCCAAUGCGGCUACAAAGCUGACCACAGCACAGCGUCUGUUGCAGGAGUAUGUGGACGAGACACAUGAAAAGUAUCACAGAGCGAUCCAGGAAUGUAUCGACUGCGAGUGGAUUGAGGACGGCGAUGAAAGAGAUGACGAGGCUUUUCGCGAUGAGGUGUACCAGAGGAUCGUAGCUCCCCUGGAGGACGAGCUGCGCAUCGGUUGGGACAUCAAGCCAGGGGACCCCGAGUUGACGCUUGUCUUUCAGGAACAAUUGAGAUAG